ACACAGUCUCUCGUAAGGUGUGGUUCUCAGCGUGCUGGUCAGAACUAUGCUCGUCCGGAAUCAACAAGUGCUUCUCGAGACUACGUCGGGGAAACACUUGACCUAACCGAACUUAGUGAACAUCUUUUUCUUCUCGUAACCUCGCGUGCAAAGGAGAGUUCGAAGGGGGCGCGCAUAGGUGGCAGAAAGAUUCGCGGAGAUUGACCGCGUACACAGAUUGGCUUGAGUUCAUGAUCUUUGGUUACAAAUAUUAUGACACCGGUUUGACUCGGUAGAUCGUACAGAUUAACCUUUUCACUUUGGGAUUCGAUCGCGAGACCAGAACCGUCGGCAUUGUGUUGCUUCUUGUGGUGAUCGAUGACUCGGUGAAUUAUUGUUUCUUUUUUGCGUUGGAAGAUGUAUUUAUGACGCGCGUGUUCCCUCGCCAGGAUCAACGAGGUUUCUAUAUGUACACCGGAGUUCCGCUACACGUGACUUCACGCCUUGCCGACUGCGUGUUUAUUACGCUGUAGAUUUAACUCAAUACACAACAUAAGAUUGAAGUUGACGAGAGAAAAUCACCAAGUAUGAAGCACCUAAUGAAAGGAACGUUUGUAAUCUUCCUAAGCGUUCUCUCGUUGAGAACGCUGGGUCUGCCGACUGGUGCACCGCCAGAUUCGUGCAAAGAUCUGAUGCCUCGUCAUCCUGGAAGCACGAAGCAGGAAACUUACCCUCCUCCUUACCAAGUUUUACCAGCUGCGGGACAAGGCAGAGUCCGGUUAAUUCUGGGAAGUCCUCACGGUCUUGCCUACGAGGGUUUUAUGAUACUUGCGCAUGACUCCGAGACCGGUGAAUUCGUUGGAGAGUUCGCCAACUUGCCCGAUUCGGCAAGAAUCGUCGAGUGCACACAGGGUAUAAAGAACGCGGUGACUCACACGAACGUCAGCAAGAAGCACAAUCUCGAGUUCGACUGGGAGGCACCUGUGAAUUACGAAGGCACCAUUGUUUUCAAGUCCACGUUCGCGCAGGAUUACAGUACGUACUGGGUCGGCGUGGAAUCGCCGCCAGUUAACGUUCGCAAGCGAUCCAUCGACGUAUUGACCUCGUCUACACCGAUCAGUACACUGAGAACUACCACGCCGCCCUAUUACAGUCCGACCGUCGAUUACGAGACGAAAGAUGUUGAGGAUCCUUUCUACACCGGAUGUGGCUCCACGAAGAAUUGCUUUGGUACGCCAGCUGGAUGCAUCGAGGCCAAAAAUUGUAUCGCCGCGGUUACUGUACUCGUUCAAGGAGAGCGAUAUCUGUUUGAAUUGCAAGGACGUGACAGCAAAUAUGUCGCUGUUGGUUUAUCCGAUGACAGUAAAAUGGGCGAUGACAGUGUAGUUGAGUGCGCGAACGAAGGAGGAGAAAUUGCAUUACACAUGUCUUGGAACUCUGGAAAACGUAAUAUGCGCCAGCCCAUGCAGGAAGGAGCAGUCCAAUUGGAGUCGAGUGCGAUCAAGGAUGACAUAAUCACGUGCAGAUUUUGGAGAGAGAAGACCACGGUUGUUCAAGGCCGCGAGUAUGACCUCGUCAGCACACCAUACAAUCUUCUCGUGGCAGCUGGCAAAAGUUUAAAAAGUAAUGGUAUCGGAUUUCAUGACACGGCGUACGACGCGACCGGUGACGCAAAGUUAUUAUCCGACGUUGGUGGUUACACUACGGCGAGCAACAUUCUAAUUCGUGUUCACGGCGCUCUAAUGUUGGCGUCUUGGAUCGGUACAGCGUCGAUCGGCAUUCUUCUGGCUAGAUACUACAAGCAGACAUGGGUCAGCUCACAGUUGUGCGGGAAGGACCAUUGGUUCGCCUGGCACAGAUUCUUUAUGAUACUGACAUGGUCGAUGACAAUAGCGGCUUUCGUAAUAAUAUUCGUCGAAUUGGGUGAAUGGAGUUCGGAGGUGAUACACGCGUCCUUGGGACUAGCGACCACGAUCUUAGCCUUUAUUCAACCGUUUAUGGCAGCCGCGAGACCUCACCCAGGAGCACCGCGAAGACCUCUUUUUAAUUGGGCGCAUUGGUUCGUUGGAAACGCGGCACAGAUUUGCGGCAUAAUCGCAAUUUUCUUCGCGGUCCGACUAAAUAAGGCCAAACUGCCGGAAUGGGUCGACUGGAUUCUGGCAGCUUACGUGGUAUUCCAUAUUCUGACUCACCUUAUCUUAACGUUCGUUGGAUGUGCCUCUGACAGACAGACGAGUCAGAGGGUGAAUUCAUUUCCGAUGAAAGACAUGCACUCUCGUGGUUCAAUGGUCCAUCCGGAUGCAAGACAGGAUGCUCCUCACGCUGGAAUCAGGAAAUUUAUCUUCGGCAUAUAUUUCGUCGUGAUCGUCCUAUUCACCGCAGCUCUCAUUGUAAUCACCGUACUGGCGCCUAUAGAAGACACAUGGAUUACCUUCACGAACAACAUUAAAAAUUAUUAAGUAGCGAUAAACUGUGCGUGAGAUUCGUUUGUCCACGAAUUAUGUACGCUGCUGUGUCAGGAAUAUUAUUGCGAUAAGUUACAAACUGUUUCGCAUUGAGUAUGUCCUCCAGUGACUGUUUAUAUAUAUAUGUAAAUGAGCAUCGAAUCGAGAUAAAUUAUCGUUUACAGGGAUAACUCCAAAGUGCGAGUUAUAUGAUAAUACAUAUUAUAUUAUUUGAUACAUCGAAUGUUGAAAAGUACGUAGUUUGAAGUUUCUCAUAGUAGAAGUAUAAUAAAUGGUAUAUCAUAUCAUGUUACAAGCGGCAGUACGUAGAAUAUCCAAGUGCAUUGAUUCGAUAUAUUCUCCCAUCGACCUUAAAUAUCUUCGAAUAUUUUCAAUCUCCGCUUCCUUUUACUUGGUAGACUGACUUCUGAUAAUUGAUUGAAUAAGUAUUCGUGCAAAUUAUUCGUACAAAUGUCCGUCCAAAAUAAGAGUAUAACUUAAACAUAAAAUAUAAAAACAUAUUUUAUUUUUUUCUACAUAUGAAAGAAGGCAUUAGUUUGUUUAUAUCUGCGAGGUUAUUCGCGACAAAUAUAUUGUUGUUAGAAGCUCUCAAAGACUUCUGUCUGUAAGGUGCUUUUAUAUUUAAGUUGUCUUUAUCGGUAAGAUACACGCAGAUUAUCCAUAUUUAUGAUGUAACGUUUACAGUAUUAGCUUUUAUAACAUAUGUAUUUUCGAUUUUUACACGUGUUUAGAUUUAUUUUGUACUACGAUAAGUGUUAUUCUAUAGAUGAGUGCAAACAAGAGUUUAUAGAAGUAUUAUGGAAUUGCGCUUAAUUAACCGACAUCAUAAUGUUUUCAUAUGUUAUUGAUUGUUAAUAAAUAAAAGUAUAUACAGAAUCGUGUGUAGUGUGAGAAAUAACGUAACUCAGCAAAAGUACCUUUUUGGUUUGAAUUCAUUGUACUAAACGAUAUUAGAUACGUAUACGUAAGUGUAGAUAAAAGCAUUGUCAGCGUUUUUCACAA